CCCGCUGCCGGCGCCUUCGUGUCAUUUUCCUGCCGGCCCCAUGGAGGAAGUGGGAAAGUUGGCGCGGCCCCGCCGGACGCUGAAGACCCGGUGGCGGCGUGACAGAGGGACGCGGCGAGGAUGAGCUCCUUCCUCGAGUACCCCGUCCUCGGCGGCGAGGCGGGGGGCUGCGCCGCCCGCGCCUACCACCCCGACCACGGGAUUACAACUUUCCAGCCCUGCGCCGUCAGCGCCGGCAGCUGCAGCGGAGAGGACCGCUUCCUGGCGGGCCGCGGGGUGCCCAUCAGCCCCCACCGCCACCAUCACCACACCCCGGCCCAGCCCGCCGCCUACCAGCACCACGGCGGGCUGGGGGUGUCCUACUCGCACCCCGGCUGCGGCCCGACCUACAGCGCGCAGGGCUUCGGACCGGCGUACGGCCCCUACCCCCUGGGGCAGGACGCGGAGCUGGGCGGCGGCUUCCCUCCCUGUGCCCCCGCCGUGUACUCGGGGAGCAUCUCCUCCUCCGCCGCUGCGCAGCACCCGCUCCCGCACCAGGGCUACGCGGGGGCCUCCGCUCAGUACGUGCCUCCCCCUUACGGGCAGGAGCAGCAGAGCCUGCCCCUGGGCACCUACAACCAUGCCCUGUCUCCCCUCCACGCUGGCCACCGGGAAAACGCCCGCUCCCCCUCCACCGAGACCUCGCCGCCGGCGCAAACAUUCGACUGGAUGAAAGUGAAAAGAAACCCACCCAAAACAGGCAAGGCUGGAGAGUACGGCUUCGUGGGGCAGCCCAACACCGUCAGAACUAACUUCACCACCAAGCAACUCACCGAGCUGGAGAAGGAGUUUCAUUUCAACAAAUACCUGACCAGGGCCAGGCGGGUGGAGAUCGCCGCCUCCCUCCAGCUCAACGAGACGCAGGUGAAGAUCUGGUUCCAGAACCGGCGGAUGAAGCAAAAGAAACGGGAGAAAGAGGGGCUGCUGCCCAUCUCCCCCGCCACCCCCACGGGCUGCGAGGAGAAGGCGGAGGACUCUUCGGAGAAGUCCUGCUCCUCGCCCUGCAGCGCCUCGCCCGCCUCCUCCGCCUCGGACACGCUCGCUGCCUCCAACUGAGACCGGCCGCGCCCCGACGGCCGCUGGGCGCGACGCCCCCGCCAGCGCGGCACACGCGUCCCUACACCGCCGUUAUGUCGGUCCCUCGGUCGGUCGCUCGGUCGGUAUCCCCGUGAGGUCCCGGCGAGCUGCCGCUCCCUCCCCCGCUACCUCCGCUGCCGUCCGGCCCCGGGGGUGUCAGCUCCCCCGGGUCCCGGCGCCUUGGUGCCAGGGGAAUUUUCUUCCCGGCUCCCCCUUCCUUUUCUGUUGGUGGAGCUGCGUUGGCAUAGGCGUAAGAGUCUCCCUCCUCCACCGAGUUUCCCUGAGUGAAAGACAGGUUAUUUAGGGUACAUAACCUCACAAAGAGAUGCACUAUUGCAAGUGUUUACACGACUUAUAGGACUUUCAUCCCCUUAAUUUAAUGUAUUCUUUGUUCGUGUCAAUGAGUUUGUUGCUUGUAAAUACUUUGUCCGAGAGAUUUAUCUUUUUACAGAUUUUUCUAGAAUGAUGUUUCGAUUAUCAGGUUAAGCAGGGUGAGUACAUUCGCCAAACUGGAUCCAUUUUUAUAUUGGUAAAGUAGACGACCAUAUCAAGUAAACGUCUUAAGCUCAA